AUGGCCGAGCGGCGCGGGCCGGCGGUGAGCGGCGGCGGGGAAGUUGGCGGCGGCCGGUGCCCGCGGCUGCCUCUGCUGCUGGUGUUACUCUGGGCGGCGGUGCUGCCGGCCGGGGGGCAGUCCAACGGCGAGCGGGGCAUCUCCAUCCCGGACCACGGCUACUGCCAGCCCAUCUCCAUCCCGCUCUGCACUGACAUCGCCUACAACCAGACCAUCAUGCCCAACCUGCUGGGCCACACCAACCAGGAGGACGCGGGGCUGGAGGUGCACCAGUUUUACCCGCUGGUGAAGGUGCAGUGCUCGGCCGAGCUCAAGUUCUUCCUCUGCUCCAUGUACGCGCCGGUGUGCACCGUGCUGGAGCAGGCCCUGCCGCCCUGCCGCUCCCUCUGCGAGCGGGCCCGCCAGGGCUGCGAGGCCCUCAUGAACAAGUUCGGCUUCCAGUGGCCCGACACGCUGCGCUGCGAAAAGUUCCCCGUGCACGGGGCCGGCGAGCUGUGCGUGGGGCAGAACGCCUCCGAGCGCGGCACCCCCACGCCCGCCCUGCGCCCCGAGAGCUGGACCAGCAACCCCCACCGCGGGGGCGCCGGCGGCGGCCCCGGGGGCCCGGGGCCCGGCGAGCCCCGUGGGCGCUUCACCUGCCCGCGGGCGCUGAAGGUGCCCUCCUACCUGAACUACCGCUUUCUGGGGGAGAAGGACUGCGGGGCGCCCUGCGAGCCCGGCCGCCUCUACGGGCUCAUGUACUUCGGGCCCGAGGAGCUGCGCUUCUCCCGCACUUGGAUCGGCAUCUGGUCGGUGCUCUGCUGUGCCUCCACCCUCUUCACCGUCCUCACCUACCUGGUGGAUAUGAAGCGGUUCAGCUACCCUGAGCGGCCCAUCAUCUUCCUCUCGGGCUGCUACACGGCGGUGGCCGUGGCCUACAUCGCCGGCUUCCUCCUGGAGGAGAGAGUGGUCUGCAACGAGCGCUUUGCCGAGGACGGCUCCCGCACCGUGGCGCAGGGCACGAAGCGGGAGGGUUGCACCAUCCUCUUCAUGAUGCUCUAUUUCUUUGGCAUGGCCAGCUCCAUCUGGUGGGUCAUCCUCUCCCUCACCUGGUUCCUUGCUGCCGGCAUGAAGUGGGGCCACGAGGCCAUUGAGGCCAACUCCCAGUACUUUCACCUGGCUGCUUGGGCCGUGCCGGCCAUCAAGACCAUCACCAUCCUGGCCCUGGGACAAGUGGAUGGGGACGUUCUCAGCGGUGUCUGCUUUGUGGGCAUCAACAACGUGGAUGCCCUGCGGGGCUUCGUGCUGGCCCCCUUGUUCGUCUACCUGUUCAUCGGCACCUCUUUUCUGCUGGCUGGCUUUGUGUCCCUCUUCCGGAUCCGGACCAUCAUGAAGCACGACGGCACCAAGACAGAAAAGUUGGAGAAGCUCAUGGUGAGGAUAGGCAUCUUCAGCGUCCUCUACACGGUGCCGGCCACCAUCGUCAUUGCCUGCUAUUUUUACGAGCAAGCUUUUAGGGAACAGUGGGAGAGGAGCUGGGUCACACAGAGCUGUAAGAGCUAUGCCAUUCCCUGCCCCAACAACCACAGCAGCCACCACCCGCCUAUGAGCCCUGACUUUACUGUCUUCAUGAUCAAGUAUCUCAUGACCUUAAUUGUGGGCAUCACCUCGGGCUUCUGGAUCUGGUCUGGGAAAACCCUGAACUCCUGGAGGAAGUUUUACACCAGGCUCACCAACAGCAAGCAGGGCGAGACCACUGUCUGAGACCCCUGCCUGCCGGACCAGGGGGAUGUGGGCGGCCAAAGGACCGAGGCUCUGCCUCGGGAAGCAGCUCCUUACCCAGCCUGGGCAAACUUUGGGGACCGCAAUGUCUUCCGCAGGCGACAGGGAGCGGAGGACGAGCCGGGGGGACUCUGGGGCCCGGGACCGCCCGGCUCUGCCCUCCCCGCGCUGCUCGCGUUGUCUCCUGUAGGAGCUGAACGCAUUGUCAGGUUGGGGGAGAGGGAUGUAAAUAGCCUCUGUAAGAUUUUGUAAGUAUAUUUGUAUUUAAAUUGCAAAAAACCUCACUUUUUUAAUUAUUUAGGACACUUUUAACCCGUUUGCGGAUUUUACUUCCUUACCUCCCUCCCCCCCUUUUUUAUUUAAAGAAAAAAAGGCUUUGGGUUUGUAUUUCGUAGGGCAGAAUGGGAAAAGCUGCCGGUAAGAGAAACGAAAAAAAACCCUUUCUUCUCCCCCACACAGGUUUUGUAAUGGCUUUGCUUGGAAUUUCGGCUGCAUCAGCAGCAGGGCCCGGAGCGGGGUUGCGGCCGCGGCCGGGGUCGCCUUCUGACCCGGGCUGGCUCCCGAUCCCGACUCCGAGGUGGGGAUGGGCAGGAGCGCCGCUUUCCGCCCUGGCCCCGUGUGGGGGAGGACGGACCCCAUCCCGUCUCCCUACGGGGAGGACGUGGAGCCGCCUGGCCAUGGCGCAGGGACAGCGCUGCACCGGGCCCCGGCCCCGCUGACCCCGCCGGGCCCUUCUCGGCAGAUGCGAACAUCAUCCAGCCCUGCCCGGAGCGCGGCCGGUCUGGGGCGGCUGCGGGGCCCCACACGGCUCGGGAGGAGCUGACCCCGUUCCCUGUAGGAGUUGGGGUUCAGCACCGCCUGCACCUGUAGCACGUCCGAUGGCUCAGGAGGUGGCUGGGGACAGAAAGACACCGAAAUUCCCUCCUGCUCUGGUAUUUUUUAAGCCCACUUUGCAGUCCGGGGGCGCUCCGCGGGUGCUCCCGCCGCCGCCUGCCCCGGUCCCUCCCCGCCGGGCUGCGGCCGGCUGGGGUCAGCAGGAUCAGGAAAUGCGGGCUCAGUGAAAAGAGCUCCGUCGGAAUAAAACCCAGCGUUCAGUUUGAGGCUUUUGUUGAUACACCCUCCCCUCCCCCCCAAUUAUAUUGAUACACUGGCUCUUCAUAUGGGAAACAUUGGAGCCGUUGCCAUUCUUCUGAAUUGUAAUUCAUUGAGAUUUAAUUCAUUACACAUUAUGAGGGUGUGAUGAUUUUUGCCAGUAGUAAAAACGAUGGAAGGGAAAGCAGAAAACCAUAAUGUUUAAGCACUCUGGUGAGAUGUGAGACUUGAAAGAAUCUCUGCUUUCUUUUCCCUGACUUAUUUUCGGUCCAGUAAUAACAUUGCAUACUGCAAGGAUAAGAUACCAUGUGUGCAGUAUAUCUACUACCUUGUAUGCUCCUGGAUGUGUGGGAUUGUGCUUCUAAUACAUAAAAAAAGUUAAAGAUUAAAUUGUAACUUUCGACAGAUGCAUUUGAACAUGUAGACCUCUGUAUGAAAAACAGCAGAAUGCUUCUCUCCUGAUUGUAUUGUUUUAAACUUUUUUUUAAUAUUACAAAUGCCUGUAUUUAGGUUCAUAAACAUUAUCUAUGGCUACCAUACCCUGAAAUGCAAAAUUAUUUUAAUUUGGUAUGCAUUUAUUUCUGUUCAUUAUCACAAGAUCAUCUAUAUUUAUAGAGGAAUAGAAAUUUAUAUAUAUUAAAUACCAUAUUUUUAAUUUCUCUGAAAUAAAUUGAGGUUUUGUACAAAA